AUGCCGCCAAGUCCUUACCCAGAUAUUCCAGACAUGGAGAUCACUGUUGACGGUGUAGAGAAACUACUCUCCUCCCUCAAAGUCAACAAGGCUGUUGGACCAGACGAGAUACCAAAUGCUGCCCUGAAAACUGCCUCAGUCCGAUGGGCACCCGUCUUGCAGUUUAUUUUCAGCCAAAGUUUAGACCAGAAUACUGAGAACCCUAACAUCACAUGUCCUAACUCAGUCAUGGGCAUGUCCACGGACGCUGGAGUUUCGACUGCUUCAGUUACGUGGUCACCAGCACCGUCGGCUACGGAUAAUGUGGACACCUUAACUGCAAGUGACAUAAGUUGUACAGAUGGUGACAGCAAUCAGGUGAUGUCAGGUGGCACAUUCGAUUUAGGCACAACGACAGUCACCUGCACUGUGUCUGAUGCCGCUGGGAACUCAGAUACGUGCAUGUUCACCAUCGAAAUCAUCGAUACUAAGAACACUACCACUCCAGCAGACACCACCAUGUCAGGAGACACCACCCCUCCAGACACCAUCCCUCCAGACACCACCCCUCCAGAAACCACCCCUGUAGACUCCAUUCCCCCAAGCACCGACCCUCAAGACACCACCCCUCAAAACACCACCCCUCCAGACACCACCCAUCCAGACACCAUCCCUCCUGACACCACCCCUCCUGACACCAGCCCUCCAGACACCAGCCCUCCUGACACCACUCCUCCAGACACCAAUGGAGAACCGCCAGUUGUCACUGUUCCAACUGUUGAAGAUCAAUGCAUUGAUGCAGCUCAAGCUCCAGUUUCUGUCACAUGGGACGAAGUAACUGCCACAAACAUUUCUGCUGAAAACAUCAGUUGUACAGACACUGACGGAAACGUGGUGUCUCUGACUGGAGCUUCAUUUGGAGUAGAAUGUCACACAGUGACCUGCGUUAUUACUCUCCCUUGUGGAUGCAAAAUAGAAGAAACCUUCUAUUUCUAUAUUAUAGCAAUUCCGACUUUUACCGUACCAACUGUUGAUGAUCAGUACAUUGCGCCUGGCAUGGCAUCGAUUCCGUUGUCAUGGGAUAAGGUGAAUGCAACCUACACGGAUGGUCAAGCAAUAAAUUGUACGGAUGAUGCAGGGGGAACCAGUGUGACAGUCACAGGAGGAGACCUUCCAGCAGGGUCUCAUAAUGUAACCUGCACUGUGACCAAUAAUGGUGGUUGCACGACAUCAGCAUACUUCACGUUCGAUGUAAUCGAACUGACCGAAGCAACCGUGGCAACCACGACUGAGUCACUGUCUGAUACAACAGUAUCAAUCACCCCUCCAGUAACAUCCACAACUCCAGUAUCGAACACCACUUCAGAAUCAACCACCAUUCCAACAACUUCCACCGGCGAUGGACCUCCCUCAACAACCCCGGACACCACUUCAGAACUGACCGAAACAACCGAGUCAAUCACGACUGAUGAGUCACUGCCUGAUACAACAAUAUUAAGCACAACUCCUGUAUCAAGCACCACUUCAGGAUCAACCACUAUUCCAACAACUACCAUCGUAGAUGGACCUCCCUCAACAACUCCAGCUACCACUUCAGACCUGACAGAAACAACCGUGUCAAAUACAACUGAUGAGUCAUUGCCUGAUACAACAGUAUUAAGCACAACUCUAGUGACAUCCCCAACUCCAGUAUCAAGCACAACUUCAGGAUCAACUACCAUUCCAACAACUAUCAUCGUAGAUGGCCCAUCCACAACAACACCUGCCACCACUUCAGAAUUAACCACCGCUCCAGGAUCAACCACCGUUCACGUAUCAACUAUUGCUCCGGUAACAUCCACCACUUCGGGGUUAACUACUACUGUGGUAUCAACAACAGUUUCAACAUCUUCCACCCCGGAUGGACCUCCCACAACAGUACCAACCACCGCCCCAGUAACAACCAUCUGCCAAUGUUAUGGAGAAUCGCCAGUUGUCACUGUUCCAACUGUUGAAGAUCAAUGCAUUGAUGCAGCUCAAGCUCCAGUUUCUGUCACAUGGGACGAAGUCACUGCCACAAACAUUUCUGUCGAGAACAUCAGUUGUACAGACGCUGAAGGAAACGUGGUGUCUCUGACAGGAGGGUCAUUUGAAGUAGAAUGUCACACAGUGACCUGCGUUAUUACUCUCCCUUGUGGAUGCAAGAUAGAAGAAUCGUUCUAUUUCUAUAUUAUAGCAAUUCCGAUAUUUACCGUAUCAACUGCUGAUGAUCAGCACAUUGCACCUGGCCAAGCAUCCAUUCCAGUGACAUGGGAUGAAGUGAACGCAACCAACUCAGAUGGUCAGGCAAUAACUUGUACGGAUGAUGCAGGGGGAACCAAUGUGACAGUCUCAGGAGGAGACUUUCCAGUGGGGUCUCAUAAUGUAACCUGCACUGUGACCAAUAAUGGUGGUUGCACGGCAUCAACAUACUUCACAUUCGGUGUAAUCGUAUCAAGCACCAAUCCAGUAACAUCCACAACUCCUGUAUCAAGCACCACUUCAGGAUCAACCAAUAUUCUAACAACUAUCAUCGUAGAUGGACCUCCCUCAACAACUCCAGCUACCACUUCAGAACUGACAGAAACAACCGUGUCAAAUACAACUGAUGAGUCAUUGCCUGAUACAACAGUAUUAAGCACCUCUCUAGUGACAUCCCCAACUCCUGUAUCAAGCACAACUUCAGGAUCAACUACCAUUCCAACAACUAUCAUCGUAGAUGGCCCAUCCACAACAACACCUGCCACCACUUCAGAAUUAACCACCGCUCCAGGACCAACCACCGCUCACGUAUCAACUAUCGCUCCGGUAACAUCCACCACUUCGGGGUUAACUACUACUGUGGUAUCAACAACAGUUUCAACAUCUUCCACCCCGGAUGGACCUCCCACUACAGUACCAACCACCACCCCAGUAACAACCAUCUGCCAAUGUUAUGGAGAACCGCCAGUUGUCACCGUUCCAACUGUUGAAGAUCAAUGCAUUGAUGCAGCUGAAGCUCCAGUUUCUGUCACAUGGGACGAAGUCACUGCCACAAACAUUUCUGCGGAGAACAUCAGUUGCACGGACGCUGAAGGAAACGUGGUGUCUCUGACAGGAGGGUCAUUUGAAGUAGAAUGUCACACAGUGACCUGCAUUAUUACUCUCCCUUGUGGAUGCAAGAUAGAAGAAUCGUUCUAUUUCUAUAUUAUAGCAAUUCCGAUAUUUACCGUACCAACUGUUGAUGAUCAUCACCUUGCACCUGGCCAAGCAUCCAUUCCAGUGACAUGGGAUGAAGUGAACGCAACCAACUCAGAUGGUCAGGCAAUAACUUGUACGGAUGAUGCAGGAGGAACCAAUGUGACAGUCACAGGAGGAGACUUUCCAGUGGGGUCUCAUAAUGUAACCUGCACUGUGACCAAUAAUGGUGGUUGCACGGCAUCAACAUACUUCACAUUCGGUGUAAUCGUAUCAGGCACCAAUCCAGUAACAUCCAAAACUCCAGUAUCAAGCACCAAUUCAGGAUCAACCACCAUUCCAACAACUUCCACCGCAGAUGGACCUCCUUCAACAACCCCGAUCACCACUUCAGAACUGACAGAAGCGACAGUUUCAAGCACGACUGAAACACUGGCUGAUACAACAGUAUCAAACACCCCUCCAUUAACAUCCACAACUCCUGUAUCAAGCACCACUUCAGGACCAACCACCAUUCAUACAACUACCGCCGUAGAUGGACCUCUAACAGCAACACCAGCCACUACUUCAGAAACACCAAAUACAGAAGCAGCACGACUUACCUCCACUCAAGGAACAUCCACCUGUGCGACACCUAUUGUGAAUGUGCCAACGGUGAGUUCUACGUGUGCAGCUGUUAGUGGAUCUACAGCCUCUGUAACUUGGCCAGCCGUAACUGCCUCCAAUGCUGCGGGAGGGAGCAUCUCUUGCAGUGAUUCUGGAGAUGGAGCUAGUGUGACAACCACUGGUGGAACCUUUGGAGUAGGAUCGCAUACAGUCACGUGCACUGUAACUAAUUCUGGCAGUUGCACAGGCUCCAAUAGCUUCACGUUUGUUGUAGCAGCUUCUCCAUCUGUGACCGUGCCAACGGUGGGUCAGCAGUGUACCGAUGAAGGCUCCACUACAAAAACUGUGGCAUGGACCACUGUGACUGCCACCGAUACUGUGGGUGCAAGCAUCACUUGUUCUGAUUCUGGAGAUGGAACUGGAGUGUCGACCUCUAGUGGAACCUUUGGAGUAGGAUCACACAUAAUCACCUGCAGUGUAACCAAUUCCAAUGGCUGCUCAGGCUCAAGAAGCUUUACAUUCUUUGUGUCAGCUUCACCAUCAAUUUCAGUGCCCGUGGUCCCUGUUCAUUGCACCAUUCCAAAUCAGGUGACAACUACAGUGUCAUGGGGUUCAGUUACUGGCACCAAUACCAACGGUCAAACCAUUCAGUGUGCAUCAGCUGGAUUGCCUGUGCUUCUGGUUGGAAGUAACUUCCCGGUAGGAAGUCACACCGUAACCUGCACAGUUACCAAUAACGGUGGUUGCACGGCAACAAAAAGCUUCGCAGUUGUUGUUGUAGCAUCUCCAUUUCUAACAGUGCCCAAUGUGGGCGACAAGUGCACUGAUUUCGGUGUAGCUACCGCCACUGUGAGCUGGCCUGCAGUCUCUGGCACCAACCUGGGCGGACAAGCCAUCUCAUGCAGUGAAGGAGGAAUUGCCGUGCCUCUCAGUGGCGGUAUCGCCUUUGCUGUGGGCGCUCACACCGUGACCUGUCAGGUCUCCAACAAUGGUUGUGCAGUUUCGGAAAGCUUCUCGUUCACUGUCCAACAAUCUCCGAUUCUUAACCUGCCAACCGUCGCCGAUCGUUGUGCGAUCUCGUGGUGGGUGUAUGCCCAGGUGUCAUGGCCCCAAGUGACCGCCAUGCACAGCGACAACAACCAAAUCGUCUGCAUAGCGUGGGGAAUCUCCAUGCCUCUCACAGGGGGUUGGUGGUACUUGCAGGACUACACGCACCCACACACUUGCUUUGUCGCCAAUAAUGCAGGAUGCACAGCACAAGGAACCUUUGAUUUCCAUGUAUUCGCAAAGCCCCGCAUAACUGUGCCAUCAGUUACUAACAAGUGUACCCUGCCUGGACAGAAUGGUGUCGUAGUUUCGUGGCCCGCAGUGACAGGCACAUACUUGGAUGGCCAAUCCAUCAGUUGUACCGAACAGAACGGAGAUGCUGUGCCUCUGAGCGGAGGCAUCUCGUUUGGUCUUGGAUAUCACACAGUGACUUGCGGUGUUACGGUUGAAAUCUGCAGCACAUCAGGGAGCUUCUCGUUCAGUGUCUAUGCCAACACAGUCGUCUAG